GUUCGAGGGUCUCGGGAUGAUUCACGUCAAUUGAACUCAUUUCGUCAAACGACAGCAGACCAUAAUUCGUCAGAAUGUUUCUAGUACUAAAUACAUUUAUCAUGAUAUCGUGCCUCCUGGCGUUAUCCGGGCCAGCGAGAGCUAAUGGACUAGAAGGAUUAGUUUACGCGCCAGGCCAUGCUUCACCGGAUUACUAUGCUUACCCAAGUUAUGCAUUCGAGUACGCCGUAAGAGAUCCUCACACAGGUGACAACAAGGCUCAAUGGGAAAAGCGUGAUGGUGAUGUAGUGACCGGCGCAUAUUCUUUAGUGGAGCCUGAUGGCAGCAUACGAGUAGUGGAAUACCGAGCCGACGACAAAUCUGGUUUUAAUGCGGUCGUCAAACGAAUUGGACCUAACCUUCACCCAGAAGUAAAACCGAUUUACAAAGCACCCAUUCCGAGUUUGGGCUACGCAACGGCUCCCCUUACUGUAGGCCCGGUGGCCGGUCUUGGCGGUCUAUCCAGCGCUCCAUAUUACAGCAAACCCUACAGUUCUGGAGCGUAUUCUUCUGCCUCAAUAUACAAAUCAGCAAUUCCAGCUGUCGUGAAAGAGGACCUUCCGAUUCCGGCUCCGAUUUACCCAGCCCCCGUACCCAUUCUGCCUGCACCAUUGCCAUUACCGAUACCUCUGCCUUCCUUGCACCCGACCCCGUACCUGCCUCGACCGCGAAUUCCGAUUCCCGUACCGAUGCCGUACGGUCCUCUUGGAGGAUACGACUCCGUCGGUUCAAACUAUUUGUAUUCCUCUCCACUAAGCUACCACUAGUCAUGGGAAUGCGGAAUUAUUAACGUUUUAAACUGGCAAACCUUAGUUUUAAGGUGUCAUCGUUUGUGUGAUAUUUUUCACCUUUUAAAAGCUUAGUGUAAGAUAUUUAUAUUUCUAAUUUAUGGUAUUAUGUCAGUCAA